UGGCUGUUUUGAACCGCGAGUCCCUCUCAACUGAACAUUCCAAGACUCGUGGAGGAAAAGCAGCUCCAGCGGCUUCAGCUGAUGCUCAACGCACCCACGCGCGCUUGCCCCUGCAGCCGCGGAGCGAAGAGAAGCAACUACACACACAGCUAAACACACACUUUUAACGCUGAAUGUGGAUGUGAAUCUCUCUUUUAACUAAUGAUGGCGGUUCAGGCUGGUUUGCAGGCUUGGUUCGGUGAGAAGUUUGAUGUCCUGUUACAGAGUCCUCGCGGCCUGCGCUCUCCCCGGCCCGGUCCGGGUCUUGCUGAUGUGUUCCAGUAUGACCAGUGGUUGGCUGUGCGACACGAAGCCACACUGGUGCCCAUGCAGGAGGAUCUGGCCAUCUGGCUGAGUGGCAUGCUGGGUGAGCAGGUGACAGCCGAAUGCUUCAUGGAGGAGCUGGACAACGGUGUUAAACUGUGUCGUUUGGUUGGAAUUCUUCAGAGUAAAAUCCCACAGGAUUCGGAAACACAGCUGCUGUCAAAGAAAAUCCAGUUCAAGAAAAACGCCUCCCCUGGAUCAUUUUUCGCUCGGGACAACACAGCAAAUUUUCUGUCCUGGUGUCGUCACAUAGGAGUGGACGAGACAUAUCUGUUUGAGUCUGAGGGUUUGGGUAAGAGAACUUUUGAUCAGGUAUCUAGGUGCAAUGUAGAAUUAAGUCCCCGCAAGGAUCUGUGGCCGUGUACGUCAGUUGAGCUGCAGCUCCGCACGUCCCCGGCUCUCCGUAAAUCCAUGAUGUUAAUGAGUGAUCGUGCGGACCAGGAUGACCCUCCCUGUAACUGCACACAGAAGUUUUCCAUCGAGUAUCUGUCUGAGGGACGCUACAGGCUCGGAGACAAGAUCCUGUUCAUCAGGAUGCUCCAUGGGAAGCACGUGAUGGUGCGUGUGGGUGGAGGUUGGGACACUCUGAAAGGGUUUCUGAUGAAAUACGACCCCGACCGCGUGCUGCAGUUCACCACUCUGGAGCAGAAGAUUCUAGCCUAUCAAAAAGGCCCGUCCGGCUCAAGCCCCGCCCACAGCUUGCAGGCCGCACAGCCGCCCACAAUGGACCCCAUCGCAGCCGUUAACCUCCUCCCAGAAUCGUCCUCUUCAUCGUCAUCCUCCACGACAUCCGUGUCCAAACCCAACACACCUACACCCGCGUCCCGUGGUGUCGCCCAGUCGCCCGCUUCCACGCCCUCGAUGCCUCGCAGAGCCGCCGCACCCAAGAAGAUUUUUCAUACACCCACCGCUUCACCGAAAAUGACCGCUCUUUCAUCGCCCAUCCCGAAAAGAAGCCCGCUUCCCCAGGCAACCCAAAAAGCCCCUUCCGCUGCAUCCAAGGCCAGACUGCGCCCGCGUGGAUCUCAGUCUCAACCUCGCAGUCCCGUCUGUCCCGAACCCACCUGCAAGCUGCCUAAACCUUCAGCCCCACCGACAUCUGCACAGAAACCAGCCCGGCGCGACGCACGCCCACCUCCCGCACCCGUCCGCUCGCGGCUCGCCCAGAGACGCCCUCCUUCCCCUACCUCCGCCCUGCACUUAGAGUCCAGGAAGGGUCGUCCCGUUUCCCCUCACUUGGCUCCGAAUGACCCCAAACAGACGAUUCCUCUCGCAAAACCUUGCAAGAGUAAAUCUGUAGAGCAGAGCACAGCUGCUACACGAACUGUUGCGUCUAUCAACGCUAAAACAACCCACAGGAAACCUCUGGUCAGCAGUAACCCUCCCGUCCAGACGCCCGCUGUGAGCAGCACUACCCACAAACACACGGCACGGACGAAACCCAGCAAACGUGACGAACCCUACUUUGAGAUGAACAAUAAGAGAAGGGUAAAGAACUAAGAAUGCUGGGAUAUGUAUUUUUUGCGUCACACUUCGCAUACGGAUUUAUUCGGAUUCCAUAUUUAAUUUUAAGUGAAAACGAGGCUGUGAUCGAUGUGUGCAGUCUGUUUGAUUUGUUGGAUUUUUUAAAUGUUGAAAGUACAUUUUCAAAACAUUUAUAGUAGCCAAGCCAUGAAAAUGAGACUUUUAAUUCAGAACAACCUAUUAAACAUACUGCACAUCUGUCUUUAACAGCCACAUUUUCAUUUGCAUGAAAUUAAGUGUCAUAACCUGUUUUUUUUUCUUCUCAUCUGUCAAAACUUCUGUCUCAGGCUUUCAUUCGUGCUGGGAUAUAUAGUAGCUACUGCGGCGCUGAGGGUCACGCUUCACAUACAGAUUUAUUCGGAUGCCAUAUUUAAGUGAAAACAAGUGCAGUCUGUUUGAUUUGUAUGUUUUAAAUGUUGAAAAUACGUUUUCGAAACAUUGCAAAUACAUUUUCGUUUCUUUGAAAAUGUUUCUACUGCACAAGCUAUGAAAAUGAGACUUAAUUCAGAACAACCUUUUAAACAUACUGCACAUCUGUCUUUAACAGCCUCAUCAUUUUUCAUUUACAUUAAGUUAAAUAUGACAUAAUCUGUUUGUUUUCUUGGCAUCUGUCAAAAUGUUCAAGCUUUCAUUUGUGCCAUACUAAAAAUCCUGUUUAUGCCUCGGAUACAUUUUACACAAAUUAACACGUUUCUAAUUUCUUCUUUAGCUACUGUAAUUAUCAUUAUUUUAGCUAAGAGGUUAGGAAGCAUUUAUAGGUUUAGUUUAAAUGUUUGAAAUCAUGCACGGUUAUGCACAAACUCAUAUCAUCAUCAUCUUUUGUGUUUAAUAUCCGUUACUUUUUUUUUUUUUUUAAGUCAGUCCAUGUCUGUGAUCUGAUUUGACUCCUGAUUGGGUUAUAAAUGUAUUAACAUUGCUUGUUAAUACCGUAAAUCAUUUAUUCACUGUAUGUCAAUGUAUUCUGAGCUCAUAAGAAAAACCAGCAGAAUGUUGGAAAGGUAAAGUGGUUUAGACUAAUGUCUGUCUUUAUGCAUGAUGUGCUGCGGGGCAUACAGAUCACGUGACACUCAGUUCUGUUUCCACUUCAUAUUUACAUUGAGAGCACUGUUACUGUAUUACAUAAGACAUAUGUAGAUGAAUCCACUCUCGUUGUUCCAGCUCUAAUCUGACACCCCAUAAUAUGCAGAAACACCUCUCUAUGGCAACCAAAGCGAAAUUCAUGUUUGAAUCUUGUAUGGCAUCAUUUUAGAGCACAUUUUAAAAACUAUUUUAGAGUAUUAAGGGUUUACGUGCCUUACAUUUUUUGUGUUUGUUGGAAUAUAGGUGUGGUUUAUUAUCACACACACUU